UCAUCACCACGCUACUCAAAAACGUCAUCAGCGCGACAAGCUGGCCUGGUGUCACCAUGGAGAUGGUAUUGCCCGGCUCAGUCCAUUCCAUAGCUGUCGGCUUCUGUGAUUUAACAAUUGUGCGCCGGAAGAAGCUGCCGGGUGUUGGGCUGCGCGUUAGGAAAAGCACUGUUUUUUGCCAUGUGUGAAGAGGAAGAGGUUUACUGCCCUGAGCUACAGGAUACAACACAAGGGAAAAGCCUCGGAAAAACAUGUAUGAAGUGCAAGGAAAGUUCUGCUGUCCUUCUCAUCCGAGCUGGAGAUGCAUUCUGCAAAUCCUGUUUCAAAGAAUACUUUGUGCACAAGUUCCGGGCCACUCUUGGAAAGAACAGAGUUAUCUAUCCAGGAGAGAAGGUUCUCUUGGCUUUUUCCGGCGGUCCCUCCUCCAGUGCCAUGGUUCAGCAAGUUCAGGAGGGAAUGAGUCGUGAUGCACCUAAAAAGUUGCGCUUUGUUCCUGGAAUCCUUUUUAUUGAUGAAGGCACAACAUGUGGCAUGAGUCAUGAGGAACGUCAGCAAAAUAUGUCUGAGGUUCAGAAUGUCCUUCAACAGACAGGGUUUCCAUUUUACAUUGUCUCAUUGGAGCAGGUGUUUUCCUUGCCAGGCUCUAUCCUGCAGAGAGGUGUACCUGAACAGAGAGCAAAUUAUAAGCAGGAAGUUGAUCGAUUCAUGGUGCAGCAACAGGCACAGGGAGAGACAGGAUGUUCAGACAUUUUGGAGAAUCUAGCCAAGCUCGGUGUUAAUGUCUCUGAAUCAUCUAGAGAGAGUGACAAAAUGUUCCAAAGUACAUGCAGGCAUCCUCCUGAUACGCACACCCAGAAACUAAUACAACUGUUUGCCUCUGCCAAGACACUGACUGCUAAACACCAGUUGCUUCAUACUCUGAGGAGCCACCUAAUCUUGCAUAUAGCAAGGACUUGUGGUUAUUCAAAAGUGAUGAGUGGUGAGAGCUGCACACGACUCUCUGUCAGUCUGCUUUCCAACAUUUCAUUGGGACGGGGUGCCUUUCUGCCACUGGAUACUGGCUUCUGUGACAGCCGAUAUGGGGAUGUUGAUAUUAUACGUCCUAUGAGAGAAUAUUCUUUAAAAGAAAUUGCCUUCUACAACAGACUGUUUCAUGUCUCGUCUGUCUUCAUCCCAGCGUUAAACACUAAGGUUUUAGAAAACAGCAGCAUUCAGCAGCUUUCAGAGGUUUUCAUCAACAGACUGCAGGCAGAUUUCCCCUCUACAGUUAGCACUGUAUACAGAACCAGCGAGAAGCUGAAUGUAUCCAAAAUAGAUGCAAACCAAGGGACCUGUGCAAAAGAAAGAUGCCUACUGUGUCUUUCCCCUCUAGACACUCAAGUGGGAGAGGCCUCUGCUUUCCAUGCCACCCAGAUAUCCCAUUACAUUUCUCAGAAGAUUCUUAUGAAGUUCAAUGAUCCUGCAAAUAGUUCUGGCAAGUCUUGCUGCCAAGAGGGAAAGUGCUGUAAAGGACCAGGCUAUGGGGACUUCUGCCAACCAAGGGCUCUCCAGGCUCCCAGCUUUGUUGACAUGUUAUGUUAUGGUUGUAGGCUAACAGUAAAGGACCUGCAGUCACUUGAUGCCUUACCCCAGUAUGUUCUUCAUGAAGCAGAACACCGGAGUCGCAGGAUUGAGAUGAGGAAGGAGAUAGAGGAGUUUCUGCUUGAUAAAGAUGAGGAGAAUCUGCACUGAAGAGUCUCUCCAGUGAGGUCCAAAGGAAUUUGUGGUUUAACACCAGGAACUUGACAUCGGCCAAAUGUUUUCUCAGUAUUUCUUAGGAUAUCAGAUUCUUAUUUGGUCAUUUAUGCCAACUUUUGUUGUCUGUGAAAGGGUUAAGCAAUCUUUUACAAAAAACACAAUUCAUCAUUAGUUUUAUUGGUUUUUACUGACAUUUUAAUUGGAAUUUUAUCUGACAAUCUUUUAUUUUAGCCUCUAUAUGAACUGAAUAAAUGUUUAUUGAAAUUUA